AUGGAUUUCGGGUCCCUGGAGACAGUGGUGGCCAAUUCGGCCUUCAUCGCGGCCCGGGGCAGCUUGGAUGCGAGCAGUGGCCCGGCCUCCCGGGACAGGAAGUACCUGGCCAGGCUCAAGCUGCCCCCACUCUCCAAAUGCGAGGCGCUCCGGACAAGUCUGGACCUGGGCUUCGAGGGCGUGUGCCUGGAGCAGCCCAUCGGCAAGCGGCUCUUCCAGCAGUUCCUGCGGGCCCACGAGCAGCACGGGGCCGCCCUGCAGCUCUGGAAGGACAUCGAGGACUACGACACAGCCGACGACACCCUCCGGCUGCAGAAGGCCCAGGCCAUCCGGGCCGAGUACCUGGACUCCCAGGCCCAGCUCUUCUGCGGCUUUCUGGAUGCAGAGACGGUGGCGCGGGCCCGGGAGGGGGUGGGGGACGGGCUCUUCCAGCCCCUGCUGCGGGCCGUCCUGGCACACCUAGGCCAGGCCCCCUUCCAGGAGUUCCUGGACAGCCUCUACUUCCUGCGCUUCUUGCAGUGGAAGUGGCUGGAGGCCCAGCCCAUGGGCGAGGACUGGUUCCUAGACUUCAGGGUGCUGGGGCGGGGCGGCUUCGGGGAGGUGUUCGCCUGCCAGAUGAAGGCAACCGGCAAGCUGUACGCAUGCAAGAAGCUGAACAAGAAGCGGCUGAAGAAGCGGAAGGGGUACCAGGGUGCGAUGGUGGAGAAGAAGAUCCUAACCAAAGUGCACAGCAGGUUCAUCGUGUCCCUGGCCUACGCCUUCGAGACCAAGACGGACCUCUGCCUGGUGAUGACCAUCAUGAACGGAGGUGACAUUCGGUACCACAUCUACAACGUGGACGAGGAGAACCCCGGCUUCCAGGAGCCUCGCGCCGUCUUCUACACAGCCCAGAUCGUCAGCGGCUUGGAGCACCUGCACCAGCGGAACAUCGUCUACCGAGACCUCAAGCCCGAGAACGUGCUGCUGGACGAUGAUGGCAACGUCCGCAUUUCCGACCUUGGGCUGGCCGUGGAGCUGAAGGAAGGGCAGACCAAGACCAAGGGCUAUGCGGGGACCCCAGGGUUCAUGGCCCCCGAGCUCCUGCAGGGGGAGGAGUACGACUUUUCCGUGGAUUACUUUGCGCUGGGCGUCACACUGUACGAGAUGAUCGCGGCCAGAGGGCCCUUCCGAGCCCGUGGAGAGAAGGUGGAGAACAAGGAGCUGAAGCAGAGGGUCCUGGAGCAAGCAGUCACCUACCCCGACAAGUUCAGCCCAGCCAGCAAGGACUUCUGCGAGGCGCUGCUGCAGAAGGACCCUGAGAAGCGCCUGGGGUUCCGGGACGGCUCCUGCGACGGGCUCCGCACGCACCCCCUCUUCAGAGACGUCAGCUGGCGGCAGCUGGAGGCCGGGAUGCUGACCCCGCCCUUCGUCCCGGACUCCAGGACUGUCUAUGCAAAGAACAUCCAGGAUGUGGGUGCCUUCUCCACGGUCAAGGGCGUGGCCUUUGACAAAGCGGACACGGAAUUCUUCCAGGAGUUCGCCUCGGGCACCUGCCCCAUACCCUGGCAGGAGGAGAUGAUCGAGACAGGCAUCUUCGGGGACCUGAACGUGUGGCGGCCCGACGGGCAGAUGCCGGACGACAUGAAGGGCGUCUCCGGGCAGGAGGCAGCCCCCUCGUCCAAGUCGGGCAUGUGUCUGCUUUCCUAG